AUGGUGAACAUUCGCGUCGCGCGGGUCGAAGACCUGCCUGGAAUGCAGGCGUGCAACCUGCAUAACCUCCCCGAGAAUUACACCAUGAAAUAUUACUUGUUCUACCUUCUGUCCUGCCCUCAGCUGUCGUACGUGGCCGAAGAUGAGGGGAGGAUUGUCGGAUACAUCCUCGCGCGAAUGGAUGACGACGACAAGGACAAGGCGGACAAGGAGGCAAUGGGGCACGUCGUCUCGCUCUCGGUCAUGCGGACAUAUCGCCGACUGGGGCUGGCCAAGCGGCUCAUGAUCCAAUCGCAGGAGGCGAUGGCAGGCGUCCACGGCGCCGCCUCCGUCAUGCUGCACGUGCGGAAGUCGAACCGGGCCGCGUUCAGCCUGUACAAGGACAACCUCGGCUUCACGGUGCACGACGUCGAAAAGGGCUACUACGGAGACGGAGAGGACGCGUACGUGAUGCGAUGCUCGCUGAAAGGAUCGGAUGCAUCCGCGGCGGCGGUGGUCUAG